AUGCAGGCUCCGGUGGUGGUGAUGAACACCAAUGCCGGUGACCGCCAGGUUGGUCGCCGGGCGCAGCUCUCCAACAUCACUGCGGCUAAGACUGUGGCCGAUAUUAUUCGAUCAUGUCUCGGUCCCAAGGCCAUGCUGAAGAUGCUGCUCGACCCAAUGGGUGGUAUUGUCCUGACCAACGACGGUCACGCUAUUCUUCGCGAGAUUGAAGUUUCGCAUCCUGCGGCCAAGAGUAUGAUCGAGCUCAGUCGUACCCAGGACGAGGAAGUCGGGGACGGUACCACCACCGUCAUUAUUUUGGGUAUGAACGCGCACCCUGCCCAGAAAGAGGAUGAAGCUAAUGAUAUUUCAGCCGGUGAAAUGCUCGCACAGGCCCUUCCUCAGCUCGAACGAAACAUCCACCCAGUCGUCAUCAUCUCCGCCUUCAAGCGUGCCCUCGCCGAUGCCCUGAAGAUUGUGGAAGAGGUUUCAACCCCCGUCGAUAUCCACGAUGAUAAGGCUAUGUACUCGCUGAUUGAGUCGUCUAUUGGAACCAAGUUUGUCUCACGCUGGUCUGAGCUCAUGUGCAGCUUGGCCCUGAGCGCUGUGCGAACUGUCUCUUUCGACGUUGGAGGUGGAAAGCAGGAAGUGGAUAUCAAGCGCUAUGCUCGUAUUGAAAAGAUUCCAGGUGGACAGAUCGAGGAUUCUGAAGUGAUUGAUGGUGUGAUGGUCAACAAGGAUAUUACCCACCCUAAGAUGCGAAGGAGAAUUGAAAACCCCCGCAUCCUCCUGCUCGACUGCCCCUUGGAGUACAAGAAGGGUGAAUCUCAGACCAACAUUGAGGUAUCAAAGGAGGAUGACUGGAACCGAAUUCUUCAGAUUGAGGAGGAACAGGUGAAGAUUAUGUGCGAUGCCAUCUUGGCGUUCAAGCCGGACGUCGUUAUCACAGAAAAGGGUGUUUCUGAUCUUGCACAGCACUUCCUCAUGAAGGCUAACGUCACUGCCCUCCGCCGUGUUCGAAAGACCGAUAACAACCGUAUCGCACGAGCCACCGGUGCCACCAUUGUCAAUCGUGUUGAGGAUCUCCAAGAAUCGGAUAUCGGUACCCGCUGUGGUCUAUUCGAGAUUGAGAAGAUUGGUGACGAUCCCCCCAAGGCCUGUACUAUUCUGCUGCGUGGACCCUCCAAGGACAUCCUGAACGAGAUUGAGCGUAAUCUCCAGGAUGCCAUGUCUGUGGCCCGUAACGUGAUCUUCCACCCCCGUCUUUCGCCCGGUGGUGGUGCCGUCGAGAUGGCAGUUUCUGUCAAGCUCAGCCAACUAGCUCGCUCUAUUGAGGGUGUUGAGCAGUGGCCCUACAAGGCUGUCGCAGAUGCCAUGGAGGUUAUUCCCCGCACAUUGGCCCAGAACGCCGGUGCCAGCCCUAUUCGUCUGCUUACUCGCUUGCGGGCUAAGCACGUUGAGGGUCACACUAACUGGGGUCUCAAUGGCGAGGCUGGCACCCUGGUGGACAUGAAGGAAUACGGUGUUUGGGAACCCGAGGCUGUCAAGCUUCAAAGUAUCAAGACCGCUGUUGAGUCCGCAUGCUUGCUUCUCCGUGUUGAUGAUAUUUGCAGCGGUAAGUCGGCACAACAGGCCGGUGCUGGAGGCGGCGGUGAAGAGUAA